AUGGCAAACCAGCUCAAACGAUUGGUUUCACUUACUCCUUCGUCUUUCUCUCUUCGACCUUCUCUGGAACAAAUUCUACCUCGUUCUUUGAUCGGCUCAUCUACACCAACAUGGAUUAGAAUCCUAUCAUGCCAAUCUCAAGUCAACCAACUCCGAUCAUUUUCUAACACUCAAAUAAACUCAUCAACAAUAAAUCAAACAAUAAGAGGAUGUAGAAAAUCACCAAUCAAAGAAGUCAAAACACCUGCAUUAGAAGGUUGUCCACAAAGAAAAGGAGUUUGUUCUAAGAUUUAUACAAUGAAACCUAGAAAACCAAAUUCGGCUGUUAGAAAGGUGGCUAAAGUUAAAUUAGCCAAUGGCAAGACUAUUGCUGCUUAUAUUCAAGGAGAAGGUCACAAUUUACAAGAACAUUCAGUCGUUUUGGUACGUGGUGGACGAACGCAAGAUUUGAUUGGGUUGAGGUAUAAGAUCAUUCGUGGGGCUUUGGACUUUGCAGGUGUAGUAGGAAGAAGGACCUCACGGUCUAAAUACGGAGUCAAAAAACCGAAGGACCAACCAUAGAUAUCGUCCAAUUCAUUGUCAACCACGUCGUAUCUCCAAGGACGCCUUGAGCCGAAUACCUUACCUGGCUUUCAAAAAGGUACUCCGAUCAGUAUGGGCAUCAGUCGGUGUUGCUUUUGACAGUGGUGAAAUGGACUCGCCUUACCGAUUUAAAAGCCUUUCGACUCC